AGAUCCUGAUCAAGGUGCAGGUGUACGUGAGUGGGGAGCUGGUGCCCCUGGCCCGGGCCUCGGUGGACGUGUUUGGGAAUCGCACGCUGCUGGCUGCUGGCACCACAGACUCUGAAGGCGUAGCCACCCUGCCACUCAGUUACCGCCUGGGCACCUGGGUGCUGGUCACUGCUGCCCGUCCCGGCUUCCUCACCAACUCGGUGCCCUGGCGGGUGGACAAACUGCCCUUGUACGCAUCUGUCAGCCUGUACCUGCUCCCCGAGCGGCCGGCCACCCUCAUCCUCUAUGAGGACCUGGUGCACAUCCUGCUCGGCUCCCCGGGUGCCCGCUCGCAGCCCUGGGUGCAGUUCCAGCGCCGGGCCGCGCGCCUGCCGCCCAGCGCCACCUACAGCCAGCUGUGGGCCUCGCUCACGCCCGCCAGCACCGCGCAGGAGCUGCGCGCCUUCCCGGCCUUCCUGGGCACUGAGGCGCCGGGCGCAGGCAAUGGGUCCUGGCUGGAGCUGGCGCCGCUGGCGGCCGUGAGCGUGCAGCUGCUGGCGAGGACGAGCUGGGCGCCGACACCGGCGACGACGCGGGCGACAAGAAGAGCCCCUGGCAGCGGCGCGAGGAGCGGCCGCUCAUGGUGUUCAACGUCAAGUAGCGAGGGGUCCCGGACCCGCCGGGCUGGGCGACCCCACGGGGCCCCCGGUCAGGCAGCACCAGGGAGGAGGGCUGGGGGGACGCAGGAGGGCGACCUGGGGGUCCCCGGGGAGGGGAGGGUGUGCUGUCUGCUGACAGGGCCACCCUGGGCUGGGAGGUCACAGGCUGUGUGGCUGGGGCGGCGCCGGGGACUGGUGUCAUGGGAUGGGGCGGAGGGCGGCAGCAAAUAUAAAGCCAGUGAGGGU